AUGGCACUUCUUGGUCUCAGUGAAACCCUGCCACCGGCUAAGCAGAGCGCUUUGCUUCUUCCUCCACUCUUGAUCCCAUCGCCACCAGCAUUCCCUACCUCACUCUACCCGACCAGCCUCCAGCUGUGUGUGGUGUAUUAUCCCCGCAUUGCUAUCGUGCCUUGCGCGACGAUGCGGAAUAAUCUGAUCCUAUUUUCGGGCGCCUAUGACAUGGAAGCACUUGCUACUGAUUUGCACGGGGGACUGUUUGAGAGAUUCCGCGAUGCAGACAUGUCCGGCGUAAUGAUAUGGGGAGAACUGUGGAGGUCAGCGUCAUGGGAGGUGACAGAUGGAUUCGCCCGUAAAUGGGGAUUCUUGCUAGAGGGAUGUCCUGAUAUACAGGAUGCUACGAAUCAAUGGAGAGAGUCGCGGGGCGAGGAACCAAUAUGCUGGGCAACGAUCCCAACUCUCGAGAGAUCCAAGACACAGGCUCUGACGGUGGAAAGUUGUUCAUGGUUGCGUGGCCAGUGA